AUUUCAUCUUUUGGCAGAAUGAACCACCAUUAGUACCAUAUAGUUAUCCAAUUAUUGGACAUACAUAUGAUUAUUACCGUGACCCUGUAAACUUUCUACAAAAGUGUAAAGAAAAGUAUGGGGAACCUUUUAGCCUAUUCAUCCUUGGAAACGUAAGAACUUUUACAGGAGUUGAGACCUCUCAUGAAGUUUUCAGACACUCCGACAUUUUUGAUUUUCAUUUAGCAAUAAAUAAGGUGUUUCCAAUUAAUGAUGUUUUUGACCAAUUCAGGAAAUUUGACUCAACGGCAUUUAUGGCCCGAGUGGUUCAUGAACAAGUCAGUGCCAAAGUUAAUAUUUACACAUCGAGAAUGCAAAAAGAACUUUUAUCUGCAAUUGAUAAAUAUUUUGGCGAUUGUAAAGAACCAAAGGUUUUCAGAAAUAUUCGAGAUAUAUUUGCAUUAACAGUUGCCAAGCCUGUUGCUAAUGUUAUUAUUUGUGAAGAAGCUGCUCAAUAUGAAGAUAUUAUAACCUCAUUUGCAUUAGUGGAACGUGAAAUAUCAAAUAUAAGAUUUGUUCCUCCAAUUGUAUCAUUCAUUAGUUCUUAUCUCCAUGCAAAAAUUAUCACGUUUCCAUUAAGAUUUGGUUGGAAUCCAAUUAGUCGACAUAGAGAUACUUUUGUUAAACGUUGUAAACCAAUUAUUGAAGAACGCCUUCGUCAAAGAAAAGAGCUUGGUGAAAAAUAUAUUCAGAAA